CUAAUAUAAUCUUUGAGGUGUAGCAAAACUCUUUCUUUUUGGGUGUAAGAUGAUACGAACAAGAAGUAGGUACUAUACAAAGUAGGGAAAAAGAAGAAGUAGAAUUUCAAUAAUAUACCUUCCCAACUUUGAAGAGCAAUUAGCUUGAGGGGAGAACAUGCCUCAAGAACAUAAGUUGCUUUUGCCUUUUUUCUUUUUAACCCUUUGUAUCUCUUUCUACAAAUUUUGUUAUUUUGGAAUAGUACUUAGAGAACAAUAGUGAAAAAAGGUUUUCACCCUAAUCUUGAUGCUCUUAACUAAGAAAGUGAGAAAACAAAAGAAAUCAUGACUUGUAUCAAUAUUGACUCUCUCAAUAAUGUUCCAUCAAGUAAUGAAAAUAUUAGUCUUACAAAUGAAAGCCCCAAAGGUACAAUAACAACAAGGACUUGUCCUUCUUGUGGUCAUUUGAUCAAAUCUGAAGAAAAGGCUGGGAUUCACAAUCUUCCAGGGUUGCCAGCUGGGGUGAAGUUUGAUCCAAGUGAUCAAGAGAUUCUUGAACAUCUUGAGGCAAAGGUGAGAUUGGAUGCUCACAAACUUCAUCCACUAAUUGAUGAAUUCAUACAAACACUAGAGGGAGAAAAUGGGAUUUGCUAUACUCAUCCAGAAAAGUUACCAGGAGUGACCAAAGAUGGCUUAGUUCGACAUUUUUUUCAUAGACCAUCGAAAGCAUAUACAACAGGCACAAGAAAAAGAAGAAAAGUACACACAGAUAUACAAGGCAAUGAAACUCGAUGGCACAAAACAGGCAAGACUAGGCCUGUUGUGUUAAAAAACAAAGUGAAAGGCCACAAGAAAAUACUUGUUCUCUACACAAAUUAUGGAAAACAAAGGAAACCUGAGAAAACAAAUUGGGUAAUGCAUCAAUACCAUCUUGGGGAUAACGAAGAUGAGAAAGAAGGAGAACUUGUUGUUUCUAAAGUCUUUUAUCAAACUCAACCAAGACAAUGUGGUGGUAACAAUAAUAAUAAUAAUUCUCUCCUAAGAAAUAAUUGUCCUCCUCCUCCUCAAGUUAGAACAAAUAUUGGUCAAGUGGGAUCGCAAUUUGUUCAAUGCUUCAAUCCAACUGCUCUCAUAUCCUUCGAACAGUUUGAACAUACUAAUCGUCAGGCUACUCCUCGUCUUCCGAAUUUUAAUAACCUCCCUGACACCUCUACAUUUAUUCCUUGACCUUUUUUUUCCUUUUAGAUGAGACGGUCACACAUUGCUGAAUAAGUUAUCAAACAACAUAAGUAGGGUGGACAGGAGGACUGGGAAGAAUAAGGAGAGUUCUCUUGUAAUUUUUCAUUUUAACUAUGUUUAUUAUUUUUGAUGUGGUUAUUUUAUGUAUUAUUAUUGGUAGUUCCUUUGUACAGUGAACUAUACUGAACAAAUAAGGGUACAUGGCUCUUGACUGGGAGAGUAACUAAUUAAUCGAAGUUCAACUGUACAAAGAUAUAUAGUGCUUUACUUUUUAGCGUAUCUA